AUGGCUACACUUGGAAAUGAUUGCUAUUUCUUUUGCACGUCAACUUGUGCUAAGGGAGCUGCCUGUCCAUUUCGGCAUGUAGAAGCUGCUAAAACCUGCAGAAUUAUCUGUCAGCACUGGCAGAUGGGAGGUUGUUUAAGACCUAUGUGCAAAUUCAGGCAUUCCGAUUUUUUAAUGCAGGUUGACACUGGUGAAGUUCCUUGCUACUGGGAAUCACAACCUGCUGGCUGCAUGAAAAAGAAUUGUCCUUACAAACACUCAAAGCCAGUGCAAGUUGAUGACAAGACAGCAGCAGUGUCAGUAAAGGGUGAGAAACCAGUCAAAUGGGAGCCAUCAAGUCUUGACCCCCCCCCGCCCCCCGCCUUGGUACAGGUUCAGAAGGCUUGUGAUUCAGAAAGUGCCAGUUUAUCUCAAAAACAACUUUCUCUUCAUGACAUUCAAGCAGAUAAACCAAAAACAGAGUCAGAUGAUUCCAGAGACCUAAAGAGUGACAGUGGCAGUUUAUCUGUUACACUACAAGAACCAAAAGUUAAGAGAAAGAAAAUGAAAGUAUCACCACUUAAUACAAUAAAACAGAAAUCGGUUACAGCAAUGCAGAAAAAGAGACAAAAGAAUGCUGUAGAUAGCUCUGCAGCAGAAUGUGCAGUUCAGUUGAAAAAAAAUCCUCAUCAGGCACGGAGGAGUGUGAAGGAACGACUAGGAAGGGCACCAGCAUCCAGGCCAACAAUAUCACAUUUACCUGAAGAGAGUGAUAAAUCUGAUGACUCUAUUGAAAACAUCAAAGUUAUGUCAGUGGAAGAGAUAUUGCGACAAAAAGCUCUAGAGUCCAUGAUGAAGAAAAGAGUUGUAAAAAAAACCACAUCACUUCGAACUGCAGAGAAGAAAAUAUCCAAUCUAGUUUCAGAUUUAGACAGUAAAACACGAACAGUGCAGAAAGAUAUGCAAGGCCCAAAAAGGAGAUCUAAUACCUAUGUGACUUCCUCUACAAAGUCAGUGAAACAUUUUCCUGCUCAAGAGAACAGUUCCUCCUCUUCAUCCUCUGAGGAAGAAUUGUGUGAUGAGAAUAAAACUUCCAGACAGUCCUCAUCAGUUAGCUCAUCAGAUUCAUCAUCAUCAUCAUCAUCUAGUAGUACUUCUGAUACAGAGGAAGACUCAACAGAUGAUUCUGAAGAGCUUGAUAUUCGACGAGUUGUUGUGGAUCAGGAGAGUGAAAAAGCAGCACGGAAAAAAGCUAAGGAAAGCUUGAUGAAAAAACACCAGCUGAAUGCUCUUAAUACUCCUGAGAUUGUCAAGAAAAGAAGAGUCAUCCAGCCUCUGGCCAAGCAAGCUCAAGCAAGUACAGCUAAGAAGACCCAGAUUGUGGAUCCCCGUGUCAAGAAGCGAUCUGUAAAUAUAGACUAUGAUUCUGAUGACUUUGUUUGUUCAAGAGUUCAACAACCGUUAAAGCUCCAUGUUCGAGAUCGAUUAGGCAAGUCUACAUCUUCACAUAAAGCUAGUUCUGAUGCUCGCUUACUUUCUAGAGCCGAGAAAUGUGGUUCAGCACCUGUAGCUAUGAAUAAAGUGAACCCUUUAAGAAUUCCCAUUGUGUCCAGCUCUGAGGAGGAUGGCAGUCCUCUAACAGAGGUGAAAGUCAAGUCUCUGGAAGAAAUUAGAAUGGAAAAGAUGAAAGUCAUGGCUCAGAAGACUCAACAGAAAUUCUCAACUCAGGAAGAUGAUACAGUUAUCCAAACACCAGCAUCCUUCAAAAAUAGAUUUGGAACAGCUCCAGAAGAAAUGCAGAGACAAGAACGAGAAGUUGUACAUUCUGAAUCCCGACAGGUUGUGCUACUCAAUGGUGCUAAAGGUGAUGACUCCAGAGAGGUCAAACCAUUAGAUGAGAAACAGAAAACAAAGAAAAGACCCUGGAGAACUGUGAGGUCACACACAAAUCAGUCUGCUCUUGAUGCCAUAGCAGUUUCAAGUCCAUCAUCAGACAGAGGUGACAACAGUGUCCAAUUAGACCACCACAGGAAUAUUCCGGACACAGAUGAAUCGCCCUUUGAAAGAUUACGGAGAAAAGCUCUCAUGAAAAAGUUGCAAGCAGGAGAGUCUAAAAAGUUCAGAAAGUCACCAGUGAAUAAAGAAGUGAAAAUGGAAGAUGAUGGAUUCGAAAAGCCUGAAUUUUGUCAGCCAGUAGAAAUCAAUAGACCUCUGAAAACUCACAAGCAUAAACAUGGCCACAGUGGUCAGAAGAUAAAGAAAGAACGCCAGAUCUACCUGCCUCCAGCUAUGAAAACUGCUGCUACAGUAUUAUCAUGUUCAGUUACAGCAUCAAAGCCAUCUCUGAUACCUGUAAGCUCAUCACCCAAACAAGACCUGAAUAUGGCCGUAUUGCCACUGAAGCGUGAACCCCAUCCUAUUGGAGCAGCUUGGGCAGCUGGAUUAACUCUGUCUUCAAAAGGAAUAUCUGUGAGGAGGCCUGAGUACACCAGCUUCACUGCUGGAAAUGUAGACAAAAGUGACCACAUUCAAGUACCAGAAAAGUUACCAGACAGAGAUAUAAGUGCCCGAUCCAAAGAGGCUGCUCAAUCUUUUAAAAUGCCUGAAUCAGCAUCAGAAUCAUCAGUGACUAUCAAAUCAUUUGCAGAAAUUAUGGCAGAAAAGCGCAAGCGAAGGCUUGAAAUGCAGGUUCAGAAAGCUGGUACUACAGCAUCUGUAGUGACUUCCUCAUUAGAACCAUCAGUACGGUUUUCUUCAUCUGCCUCAAGCCAUCAGCUGAACUCUGACAUCAGCCAGUCAGUGGAUGCUAACUCUGCUUCACCUUCAGUUUAUACAUUAG